ACUACUAGAACCAACAGUGACAUGGAGCUCGUAUUCUCUGAUGAAGCCCUGGCCAUUGUCGUCCCCAUAGCUGCCUACUGGGUCUACUCCGGCAUGUACAUGGCGCUUGGACGGUCCAUGGACCAGUACAGGCUACACCCAAGGGACGAGGAGCGCAGCAAGAACCUCGUGCCCAAGCGCGACGUCGUCAAGGUCGUCCUCCUCCAGCAGCUCCUGCAGGCCGCCGUCGCCGCCACCGUUUUCACGGUACUGGGAGGCGAAAUCCCCGCCGCCGGCGAAUCACGGCAGCGGACGACCUGGGCCAUCUGCCUGACGGUGGCGCUGCAGAUCGCUGUGGGCAUGGCCGUGCUGGACGGGUGGCAGUACGCGUGGCACCGGUACAUGCACCGCAACAAGUUCCUGUACCGGCACGUCCACUCGUGGCACCACCGCCUCGUCGUGCCCUACGCCUUCGGCGCGCAGUACAACCACCCCGUGGAGGGCCUCCUCCUGGACACCGUCGGCGGUGCGCUCGCCUUCCUCGCCUCCGGCAUGUCGCCCCGCGUCUCCAUCUUCUUCUUCACGCUCUGCACCAUCAAGGGCGUCGACGACCACUGUGGCCUGUGGCUGCCGGGGAACGUGUUCCGCCUCUGCUUCUGGAACAACACGGCGUACCACGACGUCCACCAUCAGCCGCGCGCCGGCAGAUACAACUUCUCGCAGCCCUUCUUUGUGACGUGGGACAAGGUGUUUGGGACGCACAUGCCCUACGUCGUCGAGCACAGGCCCCAAGGAGGGCUCCACGUUCGGCCCAUGGAAGCCCUUAGCUAAGCAUAUUGUGUUUCAGAUUUGACUGUAUGUCAAAAAAAUAUUUAUCCUCCCCUCCUGAAACGAGGAUACUACUACAUAUCACAAAUUGAAAUCCCAAAAAAGUUCAUAUAGGAGCUUGUGCAUUUCCUG